GUAAACAAAACACAUUUUCUCCGGCUUGUGCUUCGUAAUAUCCAUACGAAAUUAUAAUUUUCAUGAACUGAUACUGAAAAACGCUUUAAAAUGAGGAUAAGUGUCGACGGUUUGCUGGUGUACUUCCCAUACGAAUACAUCUACCCGGAGCAGUAUGCGUACAUGCUGGAACUGAAGCGCACCUUCGACGCCAAAGGUCACUGCCUGCUGGAGAUGCCCUCGGGGACGGGCAAGACCACUACCCUGCUGUCGCUGAUCAUUGCCUACAUCAUGGAAAAUCCGCACAUUGUGCGCAAGCUGAUCUACUGUUCGCGUACGGUACCGGAAAUCGAGAAGGUCAUUGCCGAGUUGAAGCAUCUGAUGAACUACUACGAGAAGCAGAUGGGAGUUAUGCCUAACAUUACCGGGCUGGUGUUGAGUUCGAGAAAAAAUAUGUGCAUCCACUCGGAGGUUAGCAGGGAACGGGACGGAAAGAUUGUGGACGCCAAGUGCUACGGGAUGACGGCGAGCUACGUGCGUGAACGGGCCUCGGCCGAUGAGUCGGUUGCGGUCUGUCAGUACUACGAGGGAUUUCAGGCCGAGGGCAAGGAAAACACACUGCCGCCAGGGGUCUAUUCGAUCGACGAUCUCAAGGAUUUCGGACGGGAGCGGAACUGGUGUCCUUACUUUUUGUCACGGUUUGCGAUCAAUCAAGCACACGUAGUCGUUUACAGUUACCAUUAUUUGCUGGAUCCGAAAAUUGCCGAGGUGGUAUCGAAGGAGCUUGCCCGGGAAUCGGUUGUGGUUUGUGACGAGGCUCACAAUAUUGAUAACGUUUGCGUCGAUUCCAUGAGCGUCAAAAUCAAUCGUCGGUUGAUUGAGAAGGGCACAACCGGAGUUCACACGCUGGAGAAAUACGUUGCAGAAAUGAAGGAAGACGAUCGUAAACGACUAAACGACGAAUACACUCGACUGGUACAAGGUUUGAAAGAUGCUUCGUUCGCUCGGGAAACCGACAUGGUCCUGGCCAAUCCGGUGCUGCCUAACGAGAUUCUCAAGGAAGUCGUCCCGGGAAACAUUCGCAAUGCAGAUCACUUCCUGAGCUUUCUGAAGCGUUUCAUCGAGUACAUCAAGUCACGUCUGCGGGUGCAGCAUGUCGUACAGGAAAGUCCGGCCGGUUUCCUCAAGGACGUACAGCAGAAAGUCUGUAUCGAGCGUAAACCGUUGCGCUUCUGUGCCGAGCGACUGUCAUCGUUGCUGCGAACGUUGGAAAUUACGGAUCUAACCGAGUUUGGCCCGCUGACGGUGAUCACUUCGUUUGCCACGCUCGUUUCGUCCUAUACGAAGGGGUUCACCAUUAUCAUUGAACCGUUCGACGACAAGACCCCAACGGUUUCCAAUCCGAUAAUGCACCUGAGUUGUAUGGAUUCGUCGAUAGCGAUGAAGCCGAUUUUCCAGCGUUUUCAAAGUGUGGUAAUAACAUCGGGAACCCUGUCACCCAUGGACAUGUACCCGAAGAUCCUAGACUUUGAACCGGUGGUAAUGAGUUCCUUCACGAUGACACUGUCCAGGCCUUGUCUGCUGCCGAUGAUCGUAUCCCGAGGCAACGAUCAGGUGGCCAUCUCGUCCAAGUUCGAAAACCGAGAAGAUACGGCUGUCACGCGAAACUACGGCCAGCUACUGGUGGAAACGGCCAAAACCGUGCCGGAUGGAAUCGUGUGCUUCUUCACGUCCUACCUGUAUCUGGAAUCGGUGGUAGCAUCCUGGUACGAUCAGGGUAUAAUCGAUACACUGCUGCGGUAUAAAUUGUUGUUCAUAGAAACACAGGACAGCGCGGAGACUUCGUACGCAUUGAUGAACUACGUCAAGGCCUGCGAGUGCGGUCGAGGGGCAGUGCUGUUGGCCGUCGCCCGAGGUCGAGUUUCCGAAGGUGUGGAUUUCGAUCACCACCUGGGGCGGGCAGUGCUGAUGUUUGGCAUUCCGUACGUUUACACGCAGUCGAGGAUUUUGAAGGCUCGAUUGGACUACCUCCGGGAUCAGUUCCAGAUUAGGGAGAACGAUUUUCUCACGUUCGAUGCAUUGAGACAUGCCGCGCAGUGCGUGGGUCGAGCUAUUCGAGGUAAAACCGACUACGGUAUAAUGAUUUUCGCCGAUAAGCGCUUCGGUCGGCAAGACAAGCGAGGUAAACUGCCCAAGUGGAUUCAGGAACACCUCACGGACAAUCUUACCAAUCUAAGCACGGAGGAAGCUAUGCAGCUCGCCAAACGAUGGCUCCGUCAGAUGGCGCAACCAUUCACCCGGGAGGAUCAGUUGGGCGUUUCGCUGCUGACGGUCGAGCAGCUGCAGAGCAUUGAAAAGGAGAAGCUGGAAAAACAAGCCCAAGGCAAAAAAUAA